UCCAUCAACAGGCCCCUUUUUUUUUUAAUAAUCAUCUUAAGCGUUCUUUCUUUUGCUUUUAUUUUGAAUUUUUUUUCCUUUUUUAGCUCUGCUUCAUAAUCCUUGUAAGACGAGCUCCUGUCUGUAACUAUAAAGAUUCAAAUAUACCCUUUUACCAUUUUCAGUGCGUCGUGUUAAAAGAAAUGGCUGUGGAGCUUAUGAUGGGUUAUGGUUGCGCUGAUGGUUUUGCAGCAUCAACCCAAAUGGAAGAGAAUGCUGUUCGAGAAGCUGCAUCUGCUGGUAUGCAGAGCAUUGGUGAGUUCAUCAAAUUAUUGUCCCGAAAUCAAGUCCCCGAACAACAUUUCCCAGAAGCCUCCUCUUCUUCAAAUCUUGAAACCGACAAAGAAAUCAAGGUUGCUGCCGAAGUCGCUGUAAACAAUUUUAAGAGAGUUAUUUCUUUACUGGAUCGACCGAGAACUGGCCACGCUAGAUUCAGAAGAGCACCUUUGAGUCCUCCGCCUGUUAUUCCUCAGAAAGAACAAAAACAAGUUGCAGAAGCGGGGCCAUCCGUUUUAUCGAUUAAUCAUCAAUCAAACGAACAGGUUUCAGCUUUUAAGGUCUAUUGCCCUACCCCAAUUCAUCGUUUGCCUCCUUUGCCUCAUAAUCACCACCCACAUCAGGUUCAUAAGACUCCUUCUGUGGCGGUCAUCAAGACUAUGUAUGCAGAGAGAAGUGAUGUGCCAACUACUAUCAAUUUUUCACCACCAACUUCGUUCAUAUCGUCGCUCACUGGCGAUACGGAUACCAUACAGCCUUCUUUUUCCUCUGGGUUUCAAUUCACCACUCCUUCUCAUGUUCAAUCGGUUGGUAAGCCGCCUUUAUCUUCGUCUUCUCUUAAAAGAAAGUGCAAUUCCUUGGAUGAUGCUGCGCUAAAGUGUGGUUCAUCUUCUGGCCGCUGCCAUUGUUCCAAGAAAAGGAAAUCAAGGGUUAAGAAAGUUGUUAGAGUCCCUGCAAUUAGCUCCAAGAUGGCCGAUAUUCCACCUGAUGAUUUCUCCUGGAGAAAAUAUGGCCAAAAACCCAUCAAAGGCUCCCCUCAUCCAAGGGGAUAUUACAAAUGCAGUAGUGUUAGAGGCUGCCCAGCACGCAAACAUGUAGAACGAGCACUCGACGAUCCAAUGAUGCUGAUUGUGACAUACGAAGGAGAUCACAGUCACUCUGUGCCUAUCCAUGAUGCGCCUGCUGCAGUGGUCCUCGAAUCAUCUUAGUGAACUCAUCAGACGGCGAAGAUGAGAUGUUUGAAAAUUGAAUCACACCCUUCCAAAAGUGGGGUAUCAGUAAGUUGCUCAGAUAGUCAACGAAGAUGCUGGGCAGUGUCUUGAAGAAAGAAAAAAAGAUUGAUUAGUGGGGGUUACCUAAAUAGGAUUCCUUCGUUUUUGGCUUCUGUUUUCGUUUUUGGUUGAAGACUUUGUUUAAAAGGAAAAAGAAAUGGGAAAGCGUAGAAAUUGUGGAUUUUGGCAGACUUCGAUUCUUGCAAAUACAAGUAGUGGGUUCGCUCUUUUGUUUUUAAUUAUUUUAUUUCUAAAUGUUCUUAUACUCGUCUCAGAUCAGAUGGAAUUUAGCUUUAUAUAAAUAUAGUGGUGGAUCUUGCUUGGA